AUGCGAACCGUACUACUUCUUUGUCUCGUCACACUCAUCAGUCUAGUCGUGGGCGAGGUUCCGCCGCCCCCUCCGAACGAAACUUCACUUGACAUAUGGAGUCUCGCCGUUGAAGAUAGUGGUAGCAUAGUCAAGAGAGCGCCUCCCGGCCCAGCUGAUGACUUUCUAUGGCAGACUUGCGGCUGUCGCGGCCAGAAGCUCCAACUAAUGAAUACGCUCGAUCCAGUAAACGCUGCUAGGUUUGGUACUCCAUUGAACAGUCUAUGGACUGGCACCCUCGAAAACGAACUUACGACCUGGGGUUAUAAAGACAACAGUAUGAAUGAGGACAUCCAGGACCAGUGCGACUUCACGAUGAAACCUAUGUUCGAAGGUGUCCUCCAGACCCUAGGAAUUGGCGCAGGAAGUGCACAGUAUGGCGGACCGAACAAGUGUUUCUCCUAUGUCCACCGAGAUGGCCCCACCGUUCACCGAUUACCAAACGGCCAGAUGCCACCCAGAAACCAACAACGUUAUACUGUUGACGGAGUAAGCUUCAAGGUCACAAACGCUUAUUACACCAUAGGCAUCAACGCGCGGGAUGGCGUCAUCCAUAUGAUCAACCGCAAGUCUCCAGAAUCAGCGGCCAAAAAUCAGUGGGGAGUUGACAAUGUUCCAAAGAACGAGCUACCAGCGCUGAGGUCGAGUUCAGAUAUUGCCUGGGGCAUGUGGGAGAGAAUGAGCCCUGGCAAGUUGGGUAAUAUCAACUACAUCUACUCCCACCAGAUUGUCAACAAAGAAACUCGGCAGAUCAUUUUGAGGGCCUUGGACGGUCAACCACUCAGAACCUGGCCAGGAACUGAGUUCGUAGCUGGAGAAGCCUCUGAGUACUGGGCUUUAUUAGGGUCUCCGAACGGAAUAGCAAUAGGAUACCUUCUUGGGCAGCACAAGCCUCAGUUUGGUCACAACAGAUAUGUUUCCAGUAUACACGUCUUUCAGGGCUCACCAGCGAACCCAGUCUGGAUGACGGGCAUCUUGCCGUGGUUGUGUUUCGUUGUUAAACCGGCACCGUGGCCAGCACCGCAACCCCCCGAUGAGAUAAUGAGCGGAGGAACUGGUUUGGCGCUCAGUAAGCGUGAUCUUGUGGAUGAAGGGCGAGUGUUAGAGCGAUCCAAAGAUGGAAAGAAUAUCGUGAGGAGUCAUAAGGUCUGGGCAAAGUUGUAA